UUCUGUCGUCUACUCUCAGUUUGAAGCUGUUAAGGAGGCUAACAAAGCAUCCAAUCAGCAAUUAUUUGUUACACCCUAAUAUAAUUAUUAUCACAUUUGCUAUAUAUAAGACGAAUACAAAUCAAAACUUUAAAAAAAAUAUGUUCUUUCUCAUUCUAAGGUAUUCAUACGUAAUUCUGAUAUUGUUAAAAAAUGUUUUCUUUGUUAAAUAUAACAUUAUCAUAUGCAUACCUUGCAUUCUUUUAGGGAGGGUGUUUAUUAGAUAGAAUAGCACCUGUCGAUUGUAAACACAUUUCGUCUCCAUGCUUACACAAACGCUGUCGUGUGCAGUGUGUCGGCGCUUGAUAAAACAUCAAUCAUGCCCGAACUGUGAUGUGCCACAGUACAGGCUGCUGACUGAGGUUAAAAUUAUGGCACCCGGACCCACUAACACUACGCCCAGGCAGUCAGGGAAUCAGGAAGUCAGCGGCCUAGUUAUCCAUCAAAAGGUGAAUGAACGAGGUGAGAGAUCUACACGCGACCAUGAUGUUAAGAAGGAAGUUAAGGUAAAAACUAGCAUAGGUGAACCAGACAAGAGUUCAGAAAAAGUAAUUCAAUCAGUUGACAAGGAAUUGACAUUUGCAGACGAUGAAAACAACAAGCAAAUAAUUGAAAUUGAUCAAAACAACAAGUUUGUGUCUACCAAAAAGCAGACCAAAAAGAAAGUUUCCAAGCAGUCUACAAUACCAUCUCAAAAAAGAAUGAAGAAAAGCAUUGCCAUUUCAUACUCCCCUGAUGGUGGCUAUGAGGAAAGAAAGUUUGUUGCCAGUACAGUUAAACAAUUUAAGGAGAACCACCUUGGAGAAGAUAUUUGGUUUGAUAAAGAUGAAAAGAACACUGACAGCCCUGCAUGGUUGUCUCAGCGCCUGGAGUCAAUUGAACGAUGUCGUGCAGCUGUUUGCUUUUUAUCCCACAGCUACUUCCAGUGCCCCGUGUCAAAAUAUGAAGCACGAUGUCUUCUGGAAAGGCAACAUAGUGAGAAAGCACCAAAAAUAUUCACUGUAAUACUGGAUCAUGUUGAGAUUCCAAAACAAUAUUCAGAGUUGUUGGUUAAUUGCAUUAGUUUGAUUGAGUCUUAUGCAAAUCUUAGUUUAGCUGAAAAAUCAUCACAUGUGAUUGGUAGAUUUAUGGAAGAUCUUGAAAACUGUGCAUCAAUUUUUGCGCCACACGUACCGCCGACGCCAGAGAUGGACCUGACUGAAGACUACAAACAGAAGAAACUCUGCCAAUGGACUGGAAACGAUGUACAGAGUUGGUUGUACAACCUGGGAGUACGUGAAUUUUUCCAGCAGAGUUUUGCAGAACAGGCUGUGGAUGGCUUCCUGCUUAUGUCCUUAAUGGAAUCCGAUUUGACAAAAUAUCUCGCGAUUGACAGCCGUGCUGUGCGUAAGAAAAUUUUGCAGCAGAUUUUUCUGAUACUAGAGAAGGAGCAACGGUUACCAGGUAACUGGCAUUUACGGUUACGCACGCAACGCUGCCGUGCAGAUGCGGUAUAUCUUGUCUAUGAUCCUGCAGACGUGAGGCUUGCCCAAAAUCUGAAGCAAGAUUUGCAACGAAAAAAUUUGCAGGUUUUAACUCAUGAAAAGUUGGGACAGUCAAAGGAGGAAUUUCUGCAUAUCAACGGUCCACUAAUGGCCCAGGCAAAAAAUAUCAUUGUGCUUCUCACUGAAGCUUCAAUCUCAUCACCAUUUGUCUUUCAUGAGGUUCUGUUUGCCGACUGGCUCGGGAAAACUUUAGUCACAGUAAUGCUUAAGAAUGUGUGGAGUAAGAUGAGGCCAUCGUUAAAAGCAGUUUUAGGAGAAUGCCCUGCCAUCGAUUUUGAAACCAAGAUGUAUUCUGAUGGAAUGGAUAUUCUUCAGCACCAUAUCAAACCGCUUAGGAAAGUACCAGGUGUUGUACUGGAACAAAGUUACUUGAAUAGAAUGAGUGAUGGCCUGAAGCCGCUUCAAAUCUUAGCAGCAUCGACCAAUGGUGGUUGGUCCUCUGGUGAUCUAGAACCAAAAGUAUUCAUAAGCUACCAAUGGGACAUGCAGAAUAAAGUACAAGAGAUAAAGAAGGUCCUGGAGGCCAAUGGGAUUCCAUGCUGGUCUGACAUCACUCCAACAAUGACACGUGGUAGCAGUAGCGUCAGCUCUAGAAGCAGCACAAUAUCAUCACUGACAUCAUCGUCAGAAUCUCUCCAGGGUCACAUCCAACGCAACAUGAAGGCUGCUUCAAUCGUCCUCUGCUGCGUGACUCCACGAUAUCUUCAAUCGGACAAUUGUUUAAAGGAUCUUGUUCUUGCAGAUCAACUGCAGAAGCACAUUAUUCCAGUGCUUUUGCGUUUUGUUGCUUGGCCACCAGACACUGGUCCAUCACAAGUCAAGAAGACUCUGGCGAGGACCAAUCAUGUAGACCUUAGUAAUGAUAAACUCUAUAAACAGAAUUUUCAUUCUUUGUUAGAUCGUGUACGUCGACAACUUGCUCAAAAGACAUAGGAAUGAUUUAACCUUCUUUUUUUUUAUUUCUUUUUCAUUUGGUUGCUUUGGAUCACAAUGCAUAUUAAUUUUUUUUUAAUAUAAAUUAUUAGUAAUUUAAUCUAAAUCUUUGUCAACAUGCAUUUAAAAAAACCAUUA